AAUUCUAGAGGUAUUUGAGCUCAAUUUGACAUCAGAAGUGCGAGUUGAAUUGAAUGGUAUUUUAUCAUAUUUGGGAUCAUUUGAAUGUCUCUUAAUGGCUUCAACGUGGCUGAAAGUACUUACAGCUAUCAACUAUAGAAGUGUUAUUCUUCAAACGGAAUCCAUAACUUUGGACAUUGGAACCGAAAAUUUGAAGUCUUUGCUGGAAGAUCUUAAUAUUAUAAGAAAUAGUUGGUCGAAAAUAUUGAAUGAAUGUAGAGAAGUAGCAAAAAAUUUAGAAAUGUCAACCGAAAUGCCUACGUCCGAGAAGAGGAAACGCAAAAGAAAGCAAUUUUUUGACGAAACGAAUUCAGAACAGGAUUUUUCAUCAGAACUUAGUGGGGAGGAUUACUUCAGAAUAAAUGUAUUUUAUUCAAUUCUAGAUGCUGUUAUUUUGAAUAUUUCUACAAGAUUCCAAGCAAUUAAAAAUAUUGUGCAUAUGUUCAGUGUCUUAUGGAAAUUUUCACACUUAGAAGAUGCAGACAUUGAAGAGAGGGCCACUAAUCUCCAAAUUCAGUACCACUUAGAUACUGAUUGUAAAUUAACAGAAGAGAUCAAGCACCUCAAGGUUAUCUUUUCUGCUACUUUUCAAAUGAAUGAUCUUACCCCACUAAAUCUUCUGAAUGAAAUUCACAAAUUAAAAUUGGAUACCUUGUUUCCAAAUAUUGUGAUAUCCUUAAGAAUAUUUUGCACUUUGCCUGUGACUGUAGCCCAAGCUGAAAGGUCUUUCAGCCACCUUUCAAAAAUUAAAAAUGUUCUUAGAUCUACCAUGACUCAGGGACGAUUGAGUGCUCUAGGCUUAUUAUCGAUCGAGUCAAGAGUAGCUAGAAGAUGCGAUUUUUCUAAAAUUAUAGCAAAUUUUGCUACUGCAAAAUGCCGAAAGGCUCACAUAAAAUGAUUCGUGUUUUUUGUAGCGGUCUUCGAAGUAAUUUUUACCUAAUUUUUUCAGUAUUUAGUGCAGCUGUGUUUCUCAACUCUUUAUAGUAUAUACUUAGUAAGCCAAUUCAUGUUUCUGGAAGGUUCUAAUUCCAAUAAUUUUACUUGCAUAAAGCAGUAUAAAGUCCAUAAGGCAUAUAUCCUAAUCUUAUUAUACCGAUUAUACGGUUAAGUAACACCAUCGGGGGGCCCGUAUUUUUGGUUUGUACCGGGGCCCGCCGAAGCUCUCGACGGCCCUGGUG